AUGAACGAUUUGAAAAUAUCCUUGAAAUUUUGGAUAAUCGAUUGGAUAGAAGUCGACAUACUUCCGAACGAUCCGCAUUAGCAGGUCGGCAAAGGCGUUGCUUUGCGAUUAGGGAGGGCACGGACCAAGUUAUUGAUAUGUUGCGUCGUGGUUAUGACGAGCUAUUGCAAGACACUCAGGAACGAAUCAAUGAAGUUGUCAACGAAUUAAUGAUUCGGAGCAAUCUUGUUUUACUAUCUCUAUUAAAUGAGAUUCGUCUGCUGAUUCCGUGUUUGUAUCAUGCAAUCGAGGCGAUUUCCAUUGUUGAUUUCAUCCUUGCGCUUGCUACCUACGCUACGAAGACUCCAUCAGUUAGAACUCUCAAGUCCGAAAAGAUUUUUCCAGUGCGACCUUCGUUUGCACAAUCCAUGUCGAUGAUUGUGAAGCAAGGGCGACAUCCACUUCUCGACAUUGCCACUGGCCUUUCUGUACCCAAUGAUGUGGCGGGAAAAUCAACUUACCUGAAGCAAGUUUGUUUGCUGCAAGUUUUGGCGCAAACUGGAAGCUUCGUCCCUGCCGAAAUGGCCGCAUUUCCCAUCCUCAAAAGAAUUUUUUCGCGCAUUGGACACAAUGAUGAUGCUGUAUCCAAAAAGUCCACUUUUGCUCUCGAGAUGUCAGAAUUGGUACCAAUUUUAAAGAGUGCCGAUGCUUCGUCACUCGUCGUUAUCGAUGAGCUUGCUCCUAGUGAGUUGACAUUUUUCUUAUUUUGA